AUUUUACUGCUGUUCACUUGACUUUUCACAUUUAUAUCUUGCAUUUCAAUUUUUUAGAAGAUAGCGUUUUGAAAAUUAUCUAUUUAUUGUGCAUUCCAUUUUUGCGUGUUAUAAUUAUAUGCAAUUCGAAACAAAAUACGUACUAUAUAUUGCGAGAAUAUCGUUUUAGUUAAUAUCAUGUUAAUACGAAUCUUCACUGCAAUUACAAAGCACGUGACUUUGGUUCAUCCCGUUGUCGUAAUGUCCGAAGAGACCAUAAAUUCUAUUUACAGUUAAAACAUAAAAAUCAAACACCAUGUUCCUCAUUAUUAUCCCAGAUUAAGUACGCAUAUCAUUUAAUUACUCGCCCAUUGAAGGGUAAUAAAAAUGUAGUGUGUAUUGAGAUAUUCCGAGGAGGGUUAAGGGUCUAUAAAUCUGUAGUAAUGAGCCCCGAAUAUCACACUUUACGGCGUGUAUAUUAUGCAUGACUGGUAGGAGUGUAAAUAGACACAAAGUUAGAACAGGUUUAUUGCACACUGCAGUCAAAACAAACCAUAAAAAGCUGAACAGCCAGGGCAAUGUUACAUGUAGCAACACACGCGGGUCGUGAGCAGCAAUCUGACUUUGAAAUUUAAUUAAGGAUAAUUUUUUUCCUUCGAAAAUCAACAAGGGUAUUUAUCCACAAAACAGUUACAAUAACCGUAUUUCUUUUUCACUAUUUGUCGCCCAGAAGCGGGAAAAACAAGAUUGAUGACAAAUCUUAGGAAAACAAACAAGAAAAUCUUCAGCUAAAUUUCAAUUACAGAAUGUAAACGUUUGAUCAUUCAACAGAUAAAUGUCCAAUUUUCUCUGAGUUUUGAAGAAUUAUCCGGUCAGUGUGACUUUUCGGUAGACAACAAACGCCGUGUGGUUUACAAAGAAACGUCUUGGGGAGAUACGGACUCCGAUAAUAGGUAAAUGAUAGGCUUAUAUUGUCCGGCUUGUUUGAGUAGCUUCAGGUUCGCACCUAUGGUGUAAAAAGUGUGCUCUACACAGAUUUUUGAAACGUGGAAGAAAAAUAAAUUUAGAUAAAUAAAAUAUUGAUAAAAUAAUAAUAUUCAUAAGAAAUAAAAACAAAUUAUGAUUUCAUACCCGAACAUGUUUGCAAUGUUGGUCGAUUUUUUUUAAAAAGGGAAAGAAAAAUGCAUUAUCAGCAACUUAUUUAUUAUUUUAACAUGGCGAUGUUUGGGGAGACAAUAAUAUUUUUAUCAGCCAUUUAUUUAACGUUAGACAAUUAGAACGAUUGAUUUCUUCAAUUUUCUAUAUAAGUUACGUUACACUUCACUGAAGAUCAAUGUAGCGUAAAUAUACAAGGCCUGCCCACCGGCAUCAAGGCAUUGAUAUAAAACUGGUAAACUUGAUUAACACUUCAUAUAAACAUAUACCAACACACUGCUUACCGGAAAAACGAAUAGUCUCCCAUUACGGAAAAAAUCAUCAAAAUUGUUAUUCAUAAUUUAGGAACAUUUAAAUCAUCGAGUGAAAUUUAAAAACUUUCAGUGAAACUUAACACAGGUGAGAAAUUGUUCCGAUGAAUAUUGUGAUCACGUGACUCUUAUCUUUUUUCUGAUUGGGCGCGAGAUUCCAUCAUAUGCGUUUUCUUCACACGAGAGAUCGUUUUAGCAUACAGUGGGGGUGGCUUCAGAAACAUUAUAUGACCGAGGUUAGGUCUUAAUGUUCCGAAUACAAAUCAAACAGGACUAGAUAAAGCGGUCAUUUAUGAGUGAUAGUAUGAGUUCGUACUAUAGCAGUAUCAUGCCCGCUCAUAUGCCCGGGUCAGGGGGUCCUAGUCCCACGGAGGUGUACUACCCCCGGGCUGAAAAACACCUAGAAGGAGGAGGAUUUCACUCCACUCCACAUAAUAUGUGUUUUGACAACAGUGACAAUUCGUAUGGAAUGUCAGGAUAUCCAUGUUAUCCCAUGUAUGACAGAUUAGACUCUCAUGGACCGAACCAGCCGAUGAACCUUGUGUCCAAACAACCCGGCUUCUGUGCAGGAAGCAAUGGUUCUCUUUAUCAGUCUUACCAAAAUUCACAGAACUUUAAUCAUGGACAAUCGUACUCAGACGAUAGAUCAAAUUGUGUAAAAAAUGAGGACUCUUGUGUGCCUACUCCUCCCCCUACCUACUCUGUUCACGAACAGCCCCAUCACCCCACGGUCUCCCAAAUGCACGGGUCAGACCUGAGCCAUCUAGCCACAAAUCCCGCAGCCAGAAUGAAUGGACUCUCGCCUGCACCCAAUAUGCAAGUUUUUCCAUGGAUGGGUUCCACAAUUAAUGGAGCUGAGGUCACAUACGAACAGAAAAGGACGAGGCAAACCUACACACGUUACCAAACACUGGAGCUAGAAAAGGAAUUUCAUUUUAACCGCUACCUAACGAGGAGGCGACGGAUUGAAAUUGCUCACCUACUAGGACUUACAGAACGUCAAAUUAAAAUCUGGUUCCAAAACAGGCGGAUGAAGUGGAAAAAGGACAAUAAUAUACCCAAAUUGACAGGUCCGGAUAGAUCAAAGCCAGAGAAUGAUACGGAUCGAGGGAUGACGUCAUUAGCCAGUCCCGGAUCAGAUGACAAUUUUUCUAGUUGAGAAAGUACAUUUUGCGAACUCUUUGUGUCUCAGGGUAAAAUCGAUUGGCAAAAAUUGCUGGCAGACGUGUCCCAGUUUUUGAAGUACUUAUGAAAGCGCUCGGGUUCGUUAUCCGGACCCGCUGAGAUCCUCCAGCAUGAAGUUUGGGCUCGGGGAACGACUGUGGUUUAUGUGUCAUAAACUUGGAUGUAAGGACUGUUCAAAGUACACAAGCUGUGAAUAGGAAAAAUUACAGACCAUGAAAAAAUUACUCGAAAUCAAUCUGAAUUCCAUUUUUCCUGCAUAAUUUUCGGAAAAUAACCGGUGAAACCCCGAAGUGACAGUGACACGAAAGCUGCGAAAGACUUUACAUCCAAAGAACUUUCUGAUUAGUUGUACUUAGAUUACGUAAAGUAUUCCAUGACAUCAGUCCCAAAUCUUGUGACCAAUCUCGAUGAAUGCGAGAUGUAUUGGUUACAUUUAUACAAAUGUUGAAUGAUAGUGUUAGUUGUCUGAAAUAUUAAAGAUAUCUAUAACAUUUA